AUGUGGCGUCAAAGAGACAAAAUCUUCAAAAUUGUCUUCAUCGCAUCAUUUCUCAGUGUCACAAAUUCUCAAAAUUCAUCACAGAAAUGCGAUUUGAGCUCAAAUAAAGUUAUUCAAUGUGAUCCUGAGACUUUUGGAACCUUCUUAACAUGCAUUCCUGGCAUUGAGGUACCUCGUAAAGUCUCAAAAUGCUCAAUUGACACUCCUUACUGCAACAUUGGUCGUUUCGAGGAUUAUUGUUCUGACGUUUCAGAGUGUUCUGGUCCCAAUUGUUUCGUGAUUGGAUCAUUUUCGUGCUCAAAACCCGGAUUUUAUCCAAAUCCCAUGGAUUGUCAUUCUUACUUCUACUGCAAUGGAGAUCAACCAACUGUAACUCCCAGAUUUUGUCCUCCUGGAUUUUUCUUCAAUGCACGAACGUUCAAAUGUGCUCGGAAACUCAUCAAGGCUCAAUGUUUUACUCCAAAAUGUGAUAAAAUUGGAAAUUUUCCACAUCCAAUGAACCUGCAGCUCUUUUAUAGUUGCGAAAAAACGGAAAAUUCUUCAGUAAUUCCUAAAAUCCAUCGUUGUGACGCCAACGAAGUCUUUCGUGAUAACAAAUGUACCUUUAUUUGUCGCCUUCCGGGCAGAUUUCCGCACGAAGAUCCAUCGCGCUAUUACGAAUGUUAUCGCUACGGACCACGACUUGCCUAUGAAAUCCACAGCUGCGGCUCAAAAGCCUUCAAUAGCGUCACAAAACGAUGCGACUUGUAA